AUGCCGUCCCUGUCGCCGGGAUCGCAGGCUUCCCCCGCCCUCAAGACCCUGUUGGACACGCCCAUCGCCGAGCCCGAGAUGGUCGUGUGGCUGCGAGACCUCACGCUGGCCAUGAGCAUCCGCCACAAGCCCAUGCAGGACGUCAGCUUCGAACUCACGGUGCGUAGGAAGCACCCAAAAGCUCCGCUAUCGAUCGAAGCGGCCUCGUGGACCCAGAGCCGCCCAUUUAGCGACUACUGCACGCUUCGCAAGAAUCUGCUCCGCGAGCUGCAGCCAGGACACAGCUGCUCGGCCGAGUGCAAAUGGCUCUAUAACGUCGUGAAGCAGCAUUUCCCAAAGACCCAGCCGAAAUUCGCGCCUUGCGCGUACAAGACCGACCGACAGAGAGUAGGCCUACUCCGAGCGUUGACCACGAUCCAGUCAACGCUAGUGACUCAUGGCAACCGUGGCUGCAAGAUUCUAAUGGGAGGCGUACUCAACACCUUCUCGGCGUUCCUAGCAUGUGACCGCUCGUCCGUUUCGCGAACAUCCCUCGCACUACCAGUGCCCUAUCGUCAGGGGCUUAUCAGUCUGCCUAAUAGUUUAGGGAGAAAACUUGCGAGUCUUCGGACUCUGUCACGCGUCCGCAGAUAA